AUGUCCUCUCUCUCACUCGGCAACUUGACACAGCCGUCCUCUCUUGACAAUACCACCAAAAUUAUAGCGGUGACCACCUUGGUCCUGAUUGUCCUAUUCUUCGUCAUGUUCUUCCUAUGGGGGGCCAUCAUAAUCCACGUCUACUUCACCACAUCGCGCCUACGAGAAACAGCCCGCUAUCUGCUUUUUAUUCACAUGCUGUUCAAUGAUGCCUUGUAUCUUCUCAUCUCGUUUUUUAUAUUUCUUUCUGCUCUUUAUAAUGUUUACAUGUUAUUGCCAGUAUGCUUCGCCAUUACUACCUUCACGUCUUCCUCGUUUCGGGUCACACCCUACAACUUGGCCAUUAUGUCGGUAGAGCGGUAUAUCGCCAUCUGUUUCCCUCUAAGACAUGGGGAAACUUGCAGCGUCCGCUGGUGUAAUUGUAUGAUUGUAAUCAUGUGGGCUCUGGGUUUGGUUCCUGCAGCUGUUGACUUUAUCUGUAUGAACUUCUACGUCGACACAAGUUUUUAUUCCCUCAAUAUAAAAUGCAACUGGAUCACUUUUUUGAAAAGUGACGUACAAAGCACCAUAAGAUCACUGGUCCAAAUCGUCAGCUUCACCAUGGUGGGGCUCAUAAUCUUGUACACCUAUGUUAAGGUCAUGCUGGUCGUACGAAACAUACAAAGCACCGACAAGUCUUCCGCUGUCAAGGCCGGGAAAACGGUCCUGCUCCACGCCUUUCAGCUGUUCUUGUGCAUGAUGUCGUUCUCCUCCAUCUUCACAGACCUGUACCUGAGGAACAAUUAUUCAUUUAUACCAAUACUCAAUUACUUCUUCUUCACCUGUAUCCCCAGAUUUAUCAGCCCCCUGAUCUAUGGGAUAAGGGAUGAGGUUUUCCGUAAAUAUAUACAAAGUUUAUUCACGUUUGUUUGUUUAAAGGGACAAGUUUCCAGUAAAUAA